CACUCAGUGUUUAUAUCACCUGGACAUGUAACCACGCGCGUCCUGAGCCGCUCCGCUCCUCCGUGUCCUCCGUGUCCGUGCGCGUCCUCCGGCCGCAGACAUGCUCCUGUCUCUGGGUUGGCUCUCCGCGGUGGUCGCGGGCAUUUUUUCCGCUCAUGUCUUACAGAAACUUUGCUUUCCUUAUUUCUGGAACGACUUCUUGUUUCUGUUCAAAGUGCUCAGAUACGGCUCCAGGUUGGAGUGGUUCAAGUUGACCUCCAGAGUGCGCACGGUCCUGGACAGGUUCAUCCAACAGGCGCGACGCAUCCCGAACAAACCCUUCAUCAUCCACGAAGGAAACAUCCACACGUACAGGGAUGUGGAGCAGCGCAGCAACAGACUGGCUCAUGUUUUCCUGCACAAAGCCAAGCUGAGGAAAGGAGACUGCGUCGCCCUGCUCAUGAGCAACGAGCCCGACUUCCUGUGCGUCUGGUUCGGGUUGGCCAAGAUCGGCUGCUCGGUGGCGUUUCUCAACACCAACAUUAAAUCCAGAUCUCUGCUGCACUGUUUUAACUGCUGCGGAGCCAAAACUCUAGUCGUCGGUGCAGAUCUGCUGGAUGGUCUUGAUGGGGUCCUCACCACCCUGCUGGAGGAUGACAUCCAGGUGUGGGCCAUGAAGAGCCAGAGUGACCACACUAAAGUCCACACCCUGUUGGAUAAGAUGGACGCUGCCUCUGACCAGCCUGUCCCUGCAGAGCUACGAGCCGUCACCUCCCUCAAAACCCCCACCCUCUACAUCUUCACCUCCGGAACAACUGGGCUCCCUAAAGCUGCAGUGAUCAGCCACCUACAGAGCCUGAAGGCAGCUGGAGGUUUUUGGGCGUACGGGGCCACUCAGGAUGAUGUGAUUUACACCCCUCUGCCGCUCUACCACAGCGCGGCCUCGCUGAUCGGCAUUGGAGGAACUAUAGAACUGGGUGCAACCUGUGUCCUGAAAAAGAAGUUUUCAGCCUCCCAGUUCUGGAACGACUGCCGACAACAUAAUGUGACUGUUUUCCAGUAUAUUGGCGAAGUCUGCAGAUACCUCUGUAACCAGCCAAAGACAGACAUGGAUAAGGUUCACAAGGUGUGGAUGGGGGUCGGGAAUGGGCUGCGGCAGGAUGUGUGGCGGGAGUUUCAUAAUCGCUUCGGAAACAUUAAAAUGUGCGAGGUCUACGGCUCCACUGAGGGGAACGUCUGCUUCAUGAACCACAUGGGGAGGAUUGGAUGUGUGGGCCGCUCUAACAGCAUCUACAAGCUUCUGUUCAAAUACGACCUGGUGAAGUAUGACAUGGUGAAAGAUGAACCAGUGAAAGAUGAACAUGGUUUCUGUAAACGAGUGGACGACGGUGAGACGGGGCUUUUAGUGUCCAAGGUGAGCGCCCUCACCCCGUUCUUUGGCUACGCCGGCAGCAAACAGCUGACGGAGAAGAAGCUGAUCAGAAACGUGUUUGGACCAGGAGACGUGUACUUCAACACGGGUGACCUGAUGGUAGAAGAGGAGGGAUUCAUCUCCUUUAAGGACAGAGUGGGAGACACCUUCAGGUGGAAGGGUGAAAAUGUAGCAACGACAGAGGUGGCAGAAACUCUGGGUCUGGUGGAUUUUCUCCAGGAGGUUAAUGUUUACGGAGUGGAAGUCCCAGGACACGAGGGCAGAGCAGGGAUGGCCGCCAUGAUCAUCAGACCAGGCUUUAAGUUUGACGGAAGGAAACUGUUUGAGCAGGUGGUGAGGGAUCUGCCAGCGUACGCUCGUCCACUCUUCAUUAGACUUCAAGAGGUGAUGGAAAUGACAAGCACUUUCAAGCAGCAGAAGUUCCAGCUGGUCCAGAGCGGCUUCAACCCGUCCACCAUUAGCGAACCUCUGUUUAUUGUGGACUACAAGCAGGAGAGCUACAUUCCUUUAACAGACAGUAUCUACCAGAGCAUCCUGGCAGGAGAACGGAAGCUAUAGGCACCAGGAGACCCGCCAAGUAGCUGAAAACAAAUGAAGAGGGAUGUACAUUUUAGCUCUGCUUUUUGCAGUAUUUUUUAUUGAAUCCACCUGACGCCUACAAUCACCGUGAAUGAAUUACAAAGGUCGGAAUGAAAGCCAUAAACGGAUGUUACCUUUCUAAAAUGUGCUUGAUUCAUAUGAGUAAUGUCGGUUAUUUUUGUUAUAAAACCGUCAAGUAAAUCCUGUGAACCUAAACGCAUCACUAUGCAACAACAGUUACAGAAGAGAACGUAUUAUCACUGACAUGAGGCUAAAAACUGAAGGGUUUUUCAAGACGUUUCUGCAAGUUUUCAUAAAUAAUCCUCAUAUUUUUGAUCCAACCAGUUAAAUUUUGUUGGAUUUUUCAUAUUCAUUAUUUAUUUGAGAAACAAAAAUAACACCAUUGUAAAGGUUCAAUAUUUAAGAUACACGUGUAACGUUAUAUAUGUUGAAAAUAGUCAUAACUGCACAAGAGCAAAGUCAGAAUAUUGAGUCAGUUACAAUGAAGAAGUUGUGUUUUAUGAGA